CCGUUGAAUUGUUCUUUUGACAAAUUGCGCGCGCUCAUCGGACACAGCGAUUUCUCAGUCCUUGGAAUGCUUCAGAAUUGCGCCAUAUUUUAUGCUCUUGGAGAUAAUAUUUCGCAAAUCAAUGUUUCGCAGAUUGAAGGAAUUUCAAAUCGAUGUUGGGGUCUACAGCCUAUGCUAUACCGGCAAAGGAAUGGGUAUAGGCUGAUGGUGGUUCAAAAGAUGAGUAUUUAUACAGGAGACUGCAAGUGGGAUAGCAGUUCAAGCGAUUAUCUCAAGUGCCUCUUCGAAAGGAAUCUGUGGAGGAAGACAGCAGUGAAGCCAUCGUCAAGCGAUGAUAUCGAGGUAAUCGGGCAUGCGGCCGAUCUCAACACCGAUAUCCUCCAUGUUCUUUAUGUCGAUGGUAUGCUUCGCUUCCGCUUAGCACAUCUGUGA